AUGGGGCAUUCCGCCGGUCAGGACGGUUGGCCUUGGGUUAGGGCUUCAUUGAUACAAGAACUUGAGACCAAUGUGUUAAUGUAUAAUAGGAUGUGGGGCACAGAUGUUGUUUAUGGCUUACAUGAUCGUCUCACUCUUCCUCUUGUUGACCCGGCCACCCCUGACAAAUGGUUUCAACUGCCAGAGAUGGGAUACCUUGUUGCCACAAAGUACCAAUUGGUUCUCGUAUCCUUAUCCUCUAUGGGUUGUAACACAUACUUUCCACUGAUAGGAGCCGGUCCACGAGAUGAGCAUACUGUUAUAGCUAUUGGACAUGUGAUAAAUCACUGGCUCCAAUUAACUCCUGGACAUCCUAUGCCGACUAUUGCUCCCCAGUGGGAUUGGCACGCUGAUCUUGCCUCCAAAUACUGGCGCAACCUAUAUGGUCCACGUUUAGACAUGUACGCUGAACAAUUCCAAGCUUGGCUUGGUGCUUUUAGUGGUCAUGCGGACUAUGUGGACAUCACCAAAGAUUGA